UGACACAAAUCAAGCUUAAGUGUCGAUUAAAACAAAGCAAAAAAAGUUCUCAGAAGAAAAAAAAAUAUAUGGCGAGUAAUAGUUUUCGUUCACAAAUUCAUCUUGGAGUAAUAAUAAUUUUAAUCAUCAUUACUCUUUUAACUCCGAUCACAACCUACAACACAUCACCACAACCAUGGAAUAUUCUUUCCCACAACGACUUUGCCGGAAAACUCACCACCGCCUCCUCCUCCAUCGAAUCAGCCGCUACAGAUUUUGGCCACGUCACCAAAAUCUUCCCAUCCGCCGUCUUAAACCCUUCCUCCGUCGAAGACAUCACUGAUCUCGUAAAACUCUCUUAUGACUCUCAACCCUCUUUCACUCUAGCUGCUCGUGGCCACGGACAUAGCCACCGUGGCCAAGCCUCGGCUAAAGACGGAGUUGUGGUUAACAUGCGGUCAAUGGUAAACCGGGAUCGAGGCAUCAAGGUGUCUAGGACCGGUUUAUAUGCUGACGUGGACGCUGCUUGGCUAUGGAUUGAGGUGUUGAACAAAACGUUGGAGUUAGGGUUAACGCCUGUUUCUUGGACGGAUUAUUUGUAUUUAACGGUCGGUGGAACGUUAUCUAACGCCGGAAUCAGUGGACAGACGUUUCGGUACGGUCCACAGAUCACUAAUGUUCAAGAGAUGGAUGUUAUUACAGGAAAAGGAGAGAUUGCAACUUGUUCCAAAUAUAUGAACUCGGACCUUUUCUUCGCCGCGUUAGGAGGUUUGGGUCAAUUUGGAAUAAUCACAAGAGCCCGGAUUAAACUCGAAGUAGCUCCGAAAAGGGCCAAGUGGUUUAGGUUUCUNUCCCAUCCGCCGUCUUAA